AUGCAUAAAACAAGCGGUAUCGCCACAGGAGAGCUCAUUCGUGCAUCGGACGGCGUGGCGAACGGAUCGCCUAGUAGCAGCAACAGCAGCAGCAGUGGGUCGAGUAUUUCUCCCCCUCCCUUGAGCGUGCAUUUAAGACGCGGUGUCGUCGCACAGAGGCUCAUUCGUGCAUCGGACGGCGUGGCGAACGGAUCGCCUAGUAGCAGCAACAGCAGCAGCAGUGGGUCGAGUAUUUCUCCCCCUCCCUUGAGCGUGCAUUUAAGACGCGGUGUCGUCGCACAGAGGCUCAUUCGUGCAUCGGACGGCGUGGCGAACGGAUCGCCUAGUAGCAGCAACAGCAGCAGCAGUGGGUCGAGUAUUUCUCCCCCUCCCUUGAGCGUGCAUUUAAGACGCGGUGUCGUCGCACAGAGGCUCAUUCGUGCAUCGGACGGCGUGGCGAACGGAUCGCCUAGUAGCAGCAGCAGCAGUGGGUCGAGUACUUCUCCCCCUCCCUGGAGCGUGGAAGUGUCGUCGCACAGAGGCUCAUUCUUCCAUCGGACAGUGUGGGAAACGGAUCGCCUGGUAGCAGCGGCAGCAGUGGGUCGAGUGUCCCUCCCCAAAUUCAAAUAA